AUGGAUGAUGAAAUAUUCAUCAAAUAGCCAACGAAUGGUGAGAGGAAUGAUCAAUCAGAAUAGUAUAAGAAAAUAUUUUAUUUUAUUAGACAAUCCUAAUUUGGAUAAAAUGAUGAAUCAUUAGAACACUUACUCAACUCCUUAAUCUAAAAUUAAUAACCUGGCGAGGAUUUUCAAUUUAAAUAAUAAAUUGUCAAAAGAAGAAUUAAUGAUUAAAGGUAUUUAAUGACCCUAAUAAAUUAUUGCUGUUUAGAUUCACAUAUCAAGAGGAUAAAAGAAUCUUAGAAUUAGUAUAGUAAGUGGGACCCAACUUUAAUAAAAUAGUAAAGUCCUUUCCUGGAAAAACAAUGAAUAUGAUAAAAAAUAGAUAUUAUAAAAGAUUGCGCUACAUCAAAGAUGACCUUCAAAAUGGUUAAGAGUAAAGAAAGAAACAAUCUAAGCACAAAAAAUUAAAUUGA